GGGCACGCACUCACAAUGGCCGACAAACCCCCUGCCAUGCGCAUUGCCGUCGUCGGCGCUGGCCCGGGCGGACUGACCACCCUCAAGACGCUGCUGGAAGCCUCGACCCCCGACCGGCCCAUCGAGGCCGUCUUGUUCGAGGCCGAAAACCAUAUUGGCGGCACCUUUCACUAUCGUGCCUAUGAAAAUGCCGAGCUCGUGUCUUCCAAGCAGCUCACUACCUUUUCAGACCACCGCUUUCCCCUCUCUGCCCCAGACCACAUCUCUCUGCCCCAGUAUGUUGAGUACCUGCAGGCCUAUGUCGACAGGUUCGACCUCGAGCCGCGCAUGAAGAUGGGCUGUAGAGUUAGCAAGAUUGAGCUACUCGAAAAGUCUCCCGAGCAGCGCUGGAGACACCGCCUCACCUAUGUCGACAGCCGCAGCAACGGAAAGGAGCGUACCUUUGACUGCUCUCACGUGGCUAUCUGCACGGGGCUGCAUGUGGAGCCCAACAUUCCCACCAUUCCCGGCAUAGAAAAUGUCAGAGGCGAAGUCUUCCACUCGUCUCAGUACAAGAAGCGCGCCCAGCUUACCGGCAAAGACAUACUCAUUCUAGGCUGUGGAGAGACUGCCAUGGACAUUGCAUACGAGGCCAUGAAAGGCGACGCCAAUUCUGUCACCAUGUGUUUCAGAACCGGAUUCCUCUCCUUUCCAAAGGCCCUCUCUCGAUUCAAGGUUUUUGGCAAGCAGUUCAAGGGUGGCCUGCCCAUUGACGGCCUCAUCACCAAUCUCUUUGAAACUGCCUACGUCCACCGCGCCAUAGCCGCAAGCCGCUUCCGCUGGUUUGUUUCAGACUUUGUCAUCAAGCGUGUCUUAUGGUUCCUGACGGGCACCCAGGCAGGCAUGAAUCAACACGUUGGCGCACUGCCGCAUGACCGCUUAGGCAGAGCCUUCGUCUUCCUCAACAAGAGCAGCAAAGCCAUGCCGUACUUGAACAGGCCAUACCAAGAAAAACACCCCCUUGCUUUCUUGGGCAAUGGCUACGUUGAUCCACCCGAAGACGCACAGUCGAAGAAAUGGGUCGAUACCUGCACGUUCCCUGAACGAAUUGAUGAGUCUGGCAGGGUCGUUUUCGAAAAGCGGCCAGACCGCAAAGACUGGCGGCGCAUGAAGAGUAUUGAUGUGCGCCCCAACUGUGUAGUCUACUGCACUGGCUACAAGCAAUCUUUCUACUUUCUUGAUCCUUCGUACCCAACCUCAUCUGACGCCACCGUCCGCAAUAUUGUCUCACCGCGGGACCCAACCAUAUCUUUUAUCGGGUUCGUGCGGCCAGGCGUUGGCGCUAUCCCACCCAUUGCCGAACAGCAAGCCAUGUGGUGGACAGCACUCAUCACGAACCGAAUGCAACUGCCUACUGACCCUCCGCAUUACCAUCUCCUGGCCAAAGAGUCGUCGCGUAUCCAAUACGGAGUCGAUCACAGUGCCUACAUGAGUACGCUAGCCAAAGACUUUGGCGGCGCCCCAGGGUUACGGGAGUUGUACAACAUGCAUGGCCUGAAAGUGGUGCUCGUGUACGCAUUUGGUGCUAGCUUUGUGACCUUUUACAGGCUAGUGGGUCCGUUUAAGAGCGACGUUGCUCCCGAGAUUACAAGAACAGAGUUGGCAGAGACCAUUAUGCGCAGAGGCAUUCUCGGAAACUUGUUCUUUGGCGUGAUACCCAUGCUUUUUUACGGUCUCAUCAACUGCACUGCCUGGAUGCUCGAGCGCAUUGGCUUGAUAGCCAAGCAAAAGUCUGUUGUCUGAACCGUCCCGAGAAAGACACGUACGAAAGCGUAUUGCAUAACAAGAUUAAGACAUGGCAAUCUGUGCUAUAAGCCACAAAU